AUGAAUUUCUACUACACGUGGGCACAUGCGAACCACGACGAUCUGUACAAAGUGAGAAAGCGUCGGAAUAAAUGUGAAUGGACGCGUCUGGAUUAUUGUCAGUUUGCAGAUAUUAUGAUGUACACGUUGCUACCCAUUCUAUUGGCACAUUCAAUUGGUGGAAGUGCAGAUGAAUCCACGACGGCUUCUAGUGGCUCUUUCGUCGGCAAAGUAUACGAUAAUGAUGAAGAAAUAGAUCUCUGCGAAACCCCGGGGAAACUAAACGAGUCGCUUUAUUGCUACACCAGCACUAUCAAUUAUCAGAGGCUGGACCUUGAGGUACUGAGCGAAGAUCCUAUUCUUGUUGUAUUCAGAAAAUUUGCCACCAACAAGUACGUCUCAGAUUUUCUCGCGGAUGCAGAAGUGAUGCACCCUAACGGAAGUUACUCCGAUCACGUACUUAGGAAAGUUAAUGGCGCGGCGAUCAAUCAUGAAGAAACAAGUGGAGUGGCGAAAAUGUUCGGAAGAGUAAAGACUAUGUUACCUUCCGUUAAUUUUGAGAUCAGUGAGCCAUGGCAGGUCCUCCUAUACAAUAGUGGAGGAUAUUGCGCACUUCAUUACGAUUAUCUCAACUACUCCUCGCCGAAAGAGUGGGACACAUGGAGACGAGACUAUGGAGAUCGAUUCGCAACUUUCCUGCUGGUGCUUCAACCAGCAAUUAAAGGAGGAGGGACCGUUUUCCCCUUAUUAGGUGCAACAGUCAUGCCUUCAUCAGGAGAUGCACUGUUCUGGACAAACAUGAACGCAAGGGAAGAAGUGGAUCUUGAUAGUCUACACGGUGGUUGCGCUGUCUGGGAAGGUGAAAAAGUGACAGCUGCGCUGUGGAUCCGAGCCAAUGGACAGGAUCUUAUCCGAUCCGCACGGCAAAAUGGCAGGAUGGACAUCAGAAAAUUAGGCUUUACAAUGAAUCUCGUUUGCCUUAUCGCAAUUCAAAUUGCAAUUGGGAUAGAUUUUGUGUUAUCCUAUGAAAUUCACGGUUGGCGAGACGACUAUCGAGAAUGGUGCCUGGUCCCACAAUCCCAAGACGAUCCAAGUGGAAUGAUGUUCGUGUGCUUAUCCUAUGUAUGGAACUUCGCGCAUGUACAUGUGGAACUGUUAAGCUUCGAACCUGUGAUCAUCGUCUAUAGAAACUUCAUACCACGUUCAAAUGUGAAGGCGUUUUUGAAGGACAUUGAUGAGAAAAAGGUAACUUUACAAAAACUCUAG